AUGAGUCAAAUUUUAGAUGAGAAUAAUGGAGAUGCUACCCCAUUGAAUAAAACAUAGGUACGAACCAAGGACAAUUCACCAACUCCUAUCAAUAGAAGUAAUAUUGAUGGAGACUAAACGAGACAAGGAACACCAGCACAGCCAGUAGUAUUAACAAUGGAUAUAGAUUAUUACAAACCAAUGUUUUAGCAGGAAAUUUCACCAUAUCCUUAUAUUGAGUCUCAUGAGAAUCUACUUAAGGGACAUGAGUCGAUGAUUUUUGCACUUAAUAUUUUCGAAGAUUGCUUGAACAGAUGGGAAGCAUAAUAGUAUACCUAAGUACUUCUUUAAGAAAACAUAAUGGAUUACCUUACAAAAGAAUGCUCAACUGACUUGGUAACACUCGCAGUAACCUCCUCUUUUAUUCAAUACUCAUAAUCAGCCAUUAAAACGGAAGAAGACCUAGAUUUAUGGGUAGAAGAUGAAGAGGCUUCGACGCCUUAAGCCGACAAUAACAUAGCACUAAAUAGAAAUAUUAACGUGAAGUACAUCUGUAUCAAUCCAGAGGAUAGCAGUUAAAACAUUACAAAUAAUGCAGAAAAUAAAUCUGAUAUGUAACUUAUAGACAUUCUAAACAAUAGUAAGCUUAGUCUUGCAUCUGGGAUUUCUAAUAAAAAGAGCAUAAAGAAAUAUGGAGGGGUUAAUGAUCCUAAGAAGUUUUCUAAAUUAGACAUUAGUUAAAUAACAAGAACUAAAAAACUUAAGAAUGCUAGUGCUUUGAAUGAUAGUAUACUGUUCGAAGAUUAAAUAUCCUUCCUUAAAAAUGUCACUGAUAAUUUCAAUCCAAAGCCAAUAAAGUUGAAGAAUGAUAAGGACAGUAUUGAGAAAACAACUUUGGAUAUUGAAGCAGAUGAUUUAAUAGAAUGGCAAAGAUCUAAAAAGUAUCGAGACGAUAAUAAGAAAUAAGCUCUGAUGGAAAAAAUAAAGGAGACAACCUAAUAUGGUAUUGUAUAUUCAAAACUAGAUGCUGAAAAGCAGAAAUUUACCUUUGACGAUGAUGGGAAAGUUAUCAUGAUCGAUGAUAAAUAACUUGAAAACUUAGUUAAUCCUUUGAUUUUAGAGUCAGCUAGAGUAAAGAAAGUGUCUUAAAUUAAGGUUCUUAAGAAAGGAGUUGCAGAGACUAAGACUAAAGUAAUUAUAGAUAAGAGAAUUGGAACUGUUGAUCCACUAAAAAAUAAUAAGCAGACUAUGGUUGAUGUUGUAGAGCCAUUGAAGAAUUAUUUUGACUACUUAAAGCCAUCAGAUGGAGUAGUUUUCUAAGGAAAUAAUAAAAGGAAAUCUGGUUUAGCUAUUAAAGAUAUUUUAGCCUAAUAAAAAAGAAUAACAAGAAGCCAGUAUCUUGAGAUGACACAAUAUAGAGAGUUAUCAUUAGGUCAUCGAAACUCAUCUAGUUUUUUUGACACCUCAGACAUGCUGAUCAAUGAUGAUAACAGAUAUGCAGACACAGAUAAUGUAGAUGAGAAUUUGAUGAUUUCCACCAAUAACUUCUAGUUUGGACUUAAUAAAGAUAAUAACUUUCGCUAGCGAAAUAACUCUCUUUAACCUAUGGGAGUGAUCAAGAGAAGUAUGAAGCUAAGUGAUUUGAGUUAACUUUUGACUGACUAAGAUUUGAAAUAUAGUAAAGGCUAAAACAAAGACAUUAUGGGCGGACAUUUUGGAAAGAAUAUUCAAAAUAAAAUUGAUGUUUCCAAGUCAUAUUCAUCUCUUAAAACUGAAAGAUUAGAUCUGGGUGGGAAUGCUUUUGGAUUAAAAGCCGGUGUUGAUUUAUAGCAGAACAAUUAUUUUGAAAAAUCUAUUGAAGGCAAUAAUGGAUUCAAUACUGAAAGAUAAAGUAGUUAACUAGAUGGUUAAAGUGAUUUGAUUUUGCCUUAAAUUCCUAAAUAUUAAAGUAAAAAGAGAAUCAAUAGUCUUAUGAAAUCGCUGAGUUAAAGUGUACUUCACUCUAAUUCGAAGAGCAAGGACGGUAAUCAUUUUUCUAAUGCUGUUGAAUUCAAAACAUUGAAUAACGAUAUCAAUCACAAAAUAAUGGGAGACAAAGGCUGGGGAGAUGGAGGUGGCAUGUCAGCCAGACCUAAUUACAAUCAAAAUAAACUACCUUUAAUUUCGCCUAGAGAUUAAGAAUAAAAGAUAGAUUUAAACAAGAUUCAGUAUAAUAUAUAAAGUCCAAGAAUGGCAAGAUUUGUUAACAAAUAAGCAUAUAUUGAGAAAAUAUAAGAGUAGGUAAAAGAUAAGUCUUAGCUUUUGAAGAAUAAAAUAAUGUAGGCUUCUGGAUUACUGAUAAGUAAAAGACUUCCUCCUACGAAAAUAUCUGCUGCUAAUAGAUAUUUAAAUUCUAACAUGGAAUGA